UGGUCUGCGGCUGAGCGGUUAAGGCAGGUCUCCUGUUCUGUGUGCUUGGCUGUGAUCACUGCUGCUGGGAGCCUUAAGGAGAGCGGGUGAGCACGGAAUCCGCCAUGGAUGCAGUGACCUAUGAGGAUGUACAUGUGAACUUCACUCCUGAAGAGUGGGCUUUGCUGGAUUCUUCCCAGAAGAGUCUCUACAAAGAUGUGAUGCUGGAAACCUACUGGAACCUCACUUGUAUAGGUUACAAAUGGGAAGACUGUAAUAUUGAAGAACAUUGUCAGAGCUCUAGAAGAAAUGGAAGGUAUAUCAUCUGUCACUGUCGAUACAAGCCAUGUGAGCAUAAGGGGUAUGGAAAGCAUUGUAGUUCUGUCUCUCUUAGAACAACUGGAAGAUAUGUGGUAGUCCCCACUAUGAGAAGACAUGAUGACUGUGAUACAAGUUUACAAUUAAUUGGUUUUCCAACUUCAGUGGGAAUUCUUCAACAAACUCAUAUUGGAGAAAAACCUUAUGAGUACCAGGAAUAUGGAAAUUCAUCUCUCUCUACUGGUUCACUGUGCACAUGUAGUGUGUCUCACAGUAUAAGAAAAUGUUAUGAAUGUAAUCAGUGUGGUCAGACCCUGAAUUCUUCAAGUUCUCUUCAAAGAUGUGAAAAAGCUCAUGUGGGAAGAGAAAAUAAUAAAUGUGAGUCAUCUACUAAAGGUUUUAGGCUUGACAGGCAUGGUCAAACACACCAAACAACCAAUAAUGAAGAGGCUCUCUAUGAAUGUAAUCAACAGGAUAAAGCCUUUAGAUAUGAUUGCUCUUUAAAAGUACACCAAAGAACUCAUUUGGAAGGAAAACCCUAUGAGUAUAAUCAAAGUUAUAAAGCCUUUGAAUGUCACAGUCUUCAUCAAGUGCAUAGAAUUCAAACUAGGGAGAAAAGGUAUGAAUAUCAGAAAUGUGAUAAAGCCUUUGCAUGUCCCACUUGUGUUCAAAUUCAAAGUAGAGGUUAUACUGGAGAGAAAGCUUAUGAAUGUAAUCAAUGUGGUGAAACUUUUGCAUAUAACAGUCAUCUUCUCUCUCAUCUAAAAAAUCAUAAUGGAGAAAAAUCCUAUGAAUGUAAUGAAUGUGGUAAAGCCUUUGCACAGAAGAGUAGUCUUCUGAGUCAUGAAAGAAUUCAUACCAGAGAGAAACCCUAUGAAUGUAAUCAGUGUGGUAAAGCCUUUGCAAUGAAGGAUAAUCUUCUUAGUCAUGAAAGAAUUCAUACUGGAGAGAAACCCUAUGAAUGUAAUGAAUGUGGUAAAGCUUUUGCACAGAAGAGUAGUCUUCACAAUCAUGAAAGAAGUCAUAGUGGAGAGAAACCCUAUGAAUGUAAUCAAUGUGAUAAAGCAUUUGCACUGAAGAAGUAUCUUCUCAGGCAUUUAAGAAUCCAUGCUGGAGUGAAACCCUAUGAAUGUAAUCAAUGUGGUAAAACCUUUGCACGGAAGAAUAGUCUUCAUAGUCAUGAAAGAAUUCAUACUGGAGAGAAACCCUAUAAAUGUAGUCAAUGUUGUAAAGCCUUUGCAUGGAAGAAUUAUCUUCUCAGUCAUGAAAGAAUUCAUACUAGAGAGAAACCCUAUGAAUGUAAUCAAUGUGGUAAAGCCUUUGUUGAGAAGAGUAGUCUUCACAGUCAUGAAAGAAGUCAUAGUGGAGAGAAACCCUAUGAAUGUAAUGAAUGUGGUAAAGCUUUUUCAGGAAAGAGUAGUCUUCGCAGUCAUGAAAGAAUUCAUACAGGAGAGAAACCCUAUGAAUGUAAUCAGUGUGGUAAAGCCUUUAUACAGAAGUGUAGUCUUCUCCGUCAUGAAAGAAUUCAUACUCGAUUAAAAUUCAUACUGGAGUGAAACCCUAUGAAUAUAAUUAAUGUAAUGAAGCCUUUACAACGAAGUCAUCUUCUUAGUCAUGAUAAAAUUCAUACUGGACAGUACCAUAUGGAUGUAAUCAGUGUGGUAAUUUCAGAUGUGACCUGCCAUGUGAGUGCUGGAAACUGAAGUGUGUUUUCUACAAGAGGUACUUGUUUUGUCUAGCUCUAUAGGGGUCCAGGUCCCCAAAUGAUUGAGAAAGGAAGGAGACUGCCAUGAUUUGAGGUUGAAUUAGCUUACUUGCUGCUUUAUUGAAAAACAAUUAUACCUUUUAUACUCUAUAACUGAACAUUAGUUUAGACUCAAGCAAGAUUGAAAGGAGAUUUAAUGAUUCCAUGAUGAAAGCAGCCAUCAACCUCAUCACGAGAUUUUUCUUUAGGCAAAAGCAAUUACUUCAAGUUUUUAAAUGCCUUUCUGGAUGUGAGCACAUUGUUUCCUUUCAUAGUGUACUUUCAUCCUUGGAAUGAGGUGUAUCCAGUUAGUAAAUCAUUAAGUUCUCUACUUUUGGUGUAAUCAGGGGAACACAAUGGGGCUUCUUGUCUGGGAGUAGGCAUAGUUAUCACACUGUAUGGUUCCAUGGUGAUGGGAAUUUUUUCCAACAAUUUUGUUUAAAGAGACUGCCGUUGUAUAUAUCCCCUUCCUCUAU